AUGACUGAGUACUCGUAUCCACACGCUGUGGUGUUUGAUCUUGACUAUACUUUAUGGCCAUUUUGGUGUGAUUAUCACGUGGACCCACCGAUUUCCCGAGUCACUGAUUCCGAGCUCAAGGACUCAUCUGGCUACAAACUUGCGCUUUGUCCAGAUGUUGAAUCCAUCAUCCGCGAGCUCGUAGAGAAUAACGUCACCAUUAUUAGUGCCAGCAGAACGCCGACACCCCAUAUCGCCAAAAAAGUCUUGUCGUUGAUCAAAAUCAACGGUAAGCCCAUGAUCGAGCAUUUCCACUCUUUGCAGUGGGGCGAGGGAACGAAGAUCAAGCAUAUCUCGAGAGCAGUUCAGGAUCUCGGGCUCGAGGACCAUUUGGAAAACGGCAGUUUCAUUUUGUUUGAUGACGAGGCCAGAAACAGGGACGUGGAGUCGAUCGGAUGCCACUUUGCCUUCAUCGAGGAUUACAGGAGAGGCUUGACAAGACCGAUUUUCGAAAACGCAUUGAAGACGUGGACUUCGGCGCAAAAAUAG